CACAGUCCCUCAGCCCUCAGCUCUCGCGUAUGCUGCAUGACGUCUACUGAAGGAAUCUUUAAUGAUCAGUGGUAGCUGGAGAAUGACCUGGGCUUCCUUUCUUGCUGUCACUUUGCUCCUAUCCAGGGAAGGUGUAGCAUACAAGGUGUCCUCUGUGCAAUAUGAAAGAUUAAGGACAAAUAUAACUCUACAAUGCAAUACCAUCUUGUCUAUCGUGGAAUGGAGGCUGAAUGGGUCUAGAAUUAAGAACAGCGAGUAUGUGCUACAGAAUGAGAAUCAGCUCACUCUACUCAAUGUCCAGCAAGACCAACGUGGUAACUACAGCUGCCACCAGCUCCACACAAAUCAGAUUCUAACACAAAUAGAACUUCAGCUGGGAUAUCCACCCGAUAAGCUGCACAUCCAGUGUUGGGCUAUGAGUUACCCAGAGAAAAUUAGAUGUAAAUGGGAUCUCCAUCCAGAUACCCACUUGCCAACCAUAUUCACCACAACCUAUAGUUUGGGUCUGAAGGGCCCUGAUUACUCAUGUGUUCAGUCUAAAGAUGAGCCAAACAGCUGUUUGAUUAAUGACUUUCAGAUGUUUGCCAAUUUGCCUUAUGUUCUCAAGGUGAAUGCCACCAAUCCUCUGGGAUCUAUUAUGAAUGGGAAACCGUUCAUCGUGGAGAACAUCAUACGGCCUGACCCUCCUGAGGAUCUUUCACUUACUCCUAUCAUUGGACAGCGCAGGAUGUUACAUUUGCGCUGGAGACCACCACGUACUUGGCCACUGCCAGAGUAUUUCCCCCUCAAAUACCGUAUCCGUUACAAAAAAGUAGGACGGGGAGCCUUUAUAAUAAUAGGUGACUAUGAACAGACCUCCUUUAACCUAACCGGGAUCAGACCUGGAACUGUAUUACAGGUACAGGUGGCAGCCAAAGAGUUCAUGGACUACGGCAAUUAUAGUGAUUGGAGCUCAGUGGUAACAGGAAAAUCCUGGAUGCCUUCUCAAGUACACACGAAAAGCAGAAUUUAAGUUGUUUUCCUAUUUAAAGACAUUUCGUCUACAACAAUAAGUUGCAUUUCCAUUGGAUGUUGAUAUAACCUACAUCUGAAACUGAACUGGAUAUCUCUGAAUAUAUAUGAAAUACAUUACAUGUUUUGUUGGUUUUUGCAAAUAAUUGACUGACAUUCGUCAACCUUCUGUAAUUUAUUUUCUAUACAUCCAUUUUCCCAUAUAAAGACCUAUCAAUUAUAAGUAUUUUUUUUUUUUACAAAUAGCUGAUUUUCUCAUUUAUUUGAUAUUAUUAUCGUUAUUAUUGUUACCAUCAUUACUAAUCAUUUGUAAUGCGUCAUCAUAUUCUGUAACUCCAUGUGGUGAUUACCAUAAUUAAUCCCUUAAGGAGCGAGAAUUUCAGAAGAAAACUUGCACAAAAGAGCGGAGAAUUUUUAAACUUUUUGCUAUCACUCUAUAUAAACAGAAAAAGAGCCUUGUUUUUUUUGUUUACCUAUGAAAACUAUAAAAACAAAUUGUAGACCACAAAUGUCAUUGAUCUAGACCCAUUUUGCCAUAUUUCAUGCCAUCGUUAAUUGUUAACUCUUUUACAAACUUUGGGAUUCUCACUGAAAUUUGUUCAGAAAUAGCAGACAUAUAUGGCUUUGCCAUUGUUUUUUGGUAAUUAGAAGGCCGCUAAUUGCAGCUGCGCACCACACUUCUGAAAUUCCCAGCAGGGAAGGGGUUAAUCAGGUAACUUGUAAGGUUAAGUUUAGCUGUAUUAUAUAGAUUACCCUCCCACCCCUGAUCCCUACCUGAUCUCUCCCAAACAGCUCUCUUCCCUCCCUCACCCCAACUGGUCACCCACCAUCUUAGGUACUGGCAGACAGUCUGCCACUAUGAAGUUUUAGGGCAUUUUUUGUAUUAUUAUUUUUUACUUUUCUACUGUGCAGGAUCCCCCCUUAUUCUCCCAGCUCCCUCCCAAACAGCUCUCUAACACUUCCCCCUUUAAAUAGUGUCCACCAUCUUGGGUACUGGCAGUUGUCUGCCAGUAUCCAGUUUAUAUGUAUUUACAUCACUUUUUGUUAAUUUAUUAAUAAAAAAAAUAUUUUUCUGUAGUGUAGCCGCCCCCUCACCAUCCCUACCUCCCUCCUCCAAUCGAUUAUUGCCCCCUUUACAUAGUGUAGUGGAUCCCUUUAUGUAAACAUUAUUCUGUAGGUUAUUUUAAUAACCAAAUGGCUAAUAUUUAAACUAAUAUUAAGUUAAAAUUAAAUUAAUAUUCAUGUUUCUCAAUGUUUGUUGAACAAAUUAUCAUUAAAUCAAUGUUUGUUAAAUUAUGCAAUUCAUUUGUACUUUGUAACAUUUAAAAAGCAACAGAAAAUGAUAUAAUAUUGUACUGCUCCUACACAGAUACUUCAUAAUGUCCCUAGGGUGGUAACAUUUUCUGUUAAUAACACUGUAUAAAAAAUAAACUUAUAGAUUCCAGGCCCCAGUUCAUAAAAAAAGACCUUUAUUAUCUCUUUGCUGAGUCCAUAGGGACUAAGGGCCUAUUAUAGGCCUGAAACGUUGUUGUUUUUAUGAAUUAGAGGCUGGAAUCUAUAUGAUUUUUUGUGAUUGUGGAGGACUUGGCAAAUCUGUGGUUCCAUGCCCCAGUACUGUAAGUGUGCUGUUUCCAAAUUCAUGUGAAGAUUGAUUGAAGAGUCUAUUGAGUCCA